AAAUCCUCCUCCUCUUAGACAGUAGUAACAGCGUGAGGAUGCCUUGUCCUCCUUUUUUUUACUUCUGAGAUUUUAUUGCUGGCAGCCAGAUGUGCUGAAACUCCUGACGACAGCAUCUAUUCACUGCGUGUUUUUAAUAGGCUUAGAGAAAUAUGAGUAGAGUACAUGAACGCAGCUCAGCUUCACACUUCAGCUGGGAAUGCCCAAAAAGCUUACUGCUGUUUAGAAUUCUUGCUACAGUCAGGAGAAAGCCGCUCGGGUACUAAAUCUUCUACGACUGAAUUAGAAGAAUAAUGACUGUACAAUUAACUAUCAGCCUCUACUCAUUUAGGCACAGUUUUUACAGAGGCCAGGAGAAAUAUGGAACUUGAUUGGCAUAUUUGUAUUUGAUGGUGUGUACAAAAUAGACGACUUUUAAGACAGGUGGUGAAGAAAAAUAGAAGGGAAAGAGAGAAAAUGCAAUUUGAAACACUGCGCCAGGUCUGCAAUUCUGUUUUAUCUCAUUUUCAUGGGGUUUUCUCAUCCCCUCCAAAUAUUUUACAAAAUGAUCUUUUUGGACAAACGUUGAACAACACUAGGAAAAGAAGCCCUUCAAUAUCAAGAGAACAGAGCAGAAGAUACGACCAGAGGGACGAGAGAGACGAAUAUUCACAGUAUGCUACAUCAGACAGUGCGAUGCCCAGGUCACCAUCAGAUUAUUCAGAUAGGCGGUCACAGCGUGGGCCUCAGUUAUACGAAGAACCUGAACUGGGUGAUUAUAGGGAUUCCAACAGAAGGAGCCGCAGGCGUUCCAAGGAGUAUUCGGUAGAAGAAGAAGAUGCACAAAGCAGGGAAGAAUAUGAAAGGCAAAGGAGAGAAGAGGAAUACCAGGCACGAUAUCGAAGUGAUCCUAAUUUGGCUCGUUAUCCAGUCAAACCACAGCCGUAUGAGGAACAAAUGCGUAUCCAUGCUGAAGUGUCCCGAGCACGUCAUGAGCGGAGACACAGCGAUGUCUCACUGGCAAAUACAGAGUUGGAGGAUUCUCGGAUGUCCAUGCUCAGGAUGGAACGGCCAUCAAGACAAAGAUCAGUGUCUGAGCGCAGGGCUGCCAUGGAAAAUCAACGUUCAUACUCUAUGGAAAGAACUCGAGAGGCUCAGGGACCAAGUCCCAAUCGUCAGAGGACCACAAAUCAUAGCCCUCCUACACCUAGGAGGAGUCCAAUUCCCCUGGAAAGACCAGACAUGAGGCGCUCUGAUUCUUUAAGGAAACAGCACCAUUUGGAUCCCAGUUCUGCUGUCCGGAAAACAAAACGUGAAAAGAUGGAGACCAUGUUACGGAAUGAUUCCCUCAGCUCAGAUCAGUCUGAAUCUGUCAGACCUCCACCACCAAAGCCCCAUAAAACGAAAAAAGGAGGUAAAAUGCGCCAGGUUUCAUUAAGUAGCUCAGAAGAAGAAUUGGCAUCCACUCCAGAAUAUACAAGUUGUGAUGAUGUAGAGAUUGAAAGUGAAAGUGUUAGUGAAAAAGGAGACAUGGAUUACAACUGGUUGGACCAUACGUCUUGGCAUAGCAGUGAGGCAUCCCCAAUGUCUUUGCAUCCAGUGACUUGGCAACCAUCCAAAGAUGGAGAUCGUCUCAUUGGUCGGAUUUUGUUAAAUAAACGACUAAAAGAUGGAAGUGUGCCUAGAGAUUCAGGAGCAAUGCUUGGAUUGAAGGUAGUAGGAGGAAAGAUGACUGAAUCAGGUCGACUCUGCGCAUUUAUCACCAAAGUUAAAAAAGGAAGCUUAGCUGAUACAGUGGGGCAUCUUAGACCAGGUGAUGAAGUCUUAGAAUGGAAUGGAAGGAUACUACAAGGAGCCACCUUUGAGGAGGUGUAUAAUAUUAUUUUAGAAUCCAAACCUGAGCCACAAGUAGAGCUAGUAGUUUCAAGACCAAUAGGAGACAUUCCCAGAAUACCUGACAGCACACAUGCACAGCUGGAGUCCAGUUCUAGUUCAUUUGAAUCUCAAAAAAUGGACCGACCUUCUAUUUCAGUGACUUCUCCUAUGAGUCCCGGCAUGUUAAGGGAUGUCCCACAGUUCUUGUCUGGACAACUUUCAAUAAAACUGUGGUAUGACAAGGUUGGUCAUCAGUUAAUAGUGACCAUACUGGGAGCAAAGGAUCUUCCUUCAAGAGAAGAUGGGAGGCCAAGGAAUCCUUAUGUUAAAAUUUACUUUCUUCCAGACAGAAGUGAUAAAAAUAAAAGAAGAACCAAAACAGUAAAGAAAACGUUGGAACCUAAGUGGAAUCAGACAUUUAUUUAUUCUCCAGUUCAUCGGAGAGAGUUUAGAGAACGAAUGUUAGAAAUCACUCUUUGGGACCAAGCACGAGUUCGAGAGGAAGAAAGUGAAUUUUUAGGAGAGAUUCUUAUUGAGUUAGAGACAGCAUUGCUAGAUGAUGAACCUCACUGGUACAAACUUCAAACACAUGAUGUCUCUUCAUUGCCACUUCCCCAUCCCUCACCAUAUUUGCCACGCCGACAACUCCAUGGCGAGAGUCCCACACGGAGGUUACAAAGAUCCAAAAGAAUCAGUGACAGUGAAGUUUCUGAUUACGACUGUGAUGAUGGAAUUGGUGUUGUUUCAGAUUACCGACAUAAUGGGAGAGAUCUUCAAAGUUCAACACUAUCAGUGCCAGAGCAAGUAAUGUCAUCUAAUCAUUGUUCUCGAUCAGGGUCCCCUCACCGUGGAGAUAGUAUAGGACGGACUAGAUCGUGGUCUCCCAGUGUCCCUCCCCCACAAAGUCGGAAUGUGGAUCAGGGACUGCGAGGGACUCGAUCUACUCCUGCGCAUUACAACACCCUGAACCGGAUGGACAGACACCGUGCCGUAGAUGACCACUACUCCCCAGACAGAGAGAGUCAUUAUGUUACUUUACCUCGUUCCCGGUACACCCAGUCCACAGAUCACCAUUACAGGGAUGUCAGGAAUUGUGAAGCAGCAGAUAGACAGCCAUAUCAAAGAUCCAGAUCAACAGAGCAACGUCCUGUGCUAGAGCGGACCAACUCCCGCUCCCGAUCCACAGAGCGUCCUGACUCAAACCUCAUCAGGUCGAUGCCUUCAUUAAUGACUGGAAGAUCUGCCCCUCCUUCACCUGCCUUACCGAGGUCACAUCCUCGAACUGGGUCUGUCCAGACAAGUCCAUCAAGUACUCCAGUAGCAGGGCGAAGGGGCAGGCAGUUACCGCAGCUCCCACCCAAGGGGACGUUGGAGAGAAACAAUGGAGACAAGGAGAUAGAAUCUUAUGAAGAAGCGGAAUCAUCAAGGAGAACAAACUCAGGUGCAGUGGAUGUAGAAGAAAGGAGUCGCCAAAUGAAAAUGAACAAGUACAAACAGGUAGCAGGAUCAGAUUCCAGGCUGGAACAAGAUUAUCAUACUAAGUAUCGGUCAGGGCGGGACCCUCACCGAGGCUCGGACAAUGUUUCCAACAAGUCCUCGGACAGCGAUGUCAGCGAUGUCUCGGCCGUGUCCCGCACCAGCAGCGCGUCCCGUUUCAGCAGCACCAGCUACAUGUCUGUCCAGUCAGAGCGCCCGAGGGGAAACAAGAAAAUAAGUGUCUUUACAUCCAAAAUGCAAAGCAGACAGAUGGCCGUCUCAGGAAAGAACAUGACUAAGAGCACCAGCAUCAGUGGGGAGAUGUACACGCUGGAGAAGAACGAUGGCAGCCAGUCGGACACGGCAGUGGGCACUGUUGGUGGUGGCAGCAAAAAGAGACGCUCCAGCAUUGGUGCAAAGAUGGUCGCCAUCGUGGGGCUAUCAAGAAAAAGCCGUAGCACGUCACAACUCAGCCAAACUGAAGCAGGGGGCAAGAAGCUGCGGAGCACCGUCCAGAGGAGCACGGAGACGGGGCUGGCCGUGGAGAUGAGGAACUGGAUGACUCGCCAGGCGAGCCGGGAGUCAACAGAUGGGAGCAUGAACAGCUACAGCUCUGAGGGAAAUUUGAUCUUCCCUGGUGUGAGAUUGGCUGCAGACAGCCAGUUUAGUGAUUUUCUGGAUGGACUUGGUCCUGCCCAGCUUGUAGGACGACAGACUUUGGCAACACCAUCAAUGGGAGAUAUUCAGGUGGGAAUGAUGGACAAGAAAGGACAACUGGAAGUAGAAAUAAUCCGAGCCCGUGGCCUUGUUGUAAAACCAGGUUCAAAGACACUGCCAGCACCAUAUGUAAAGGUGUAUCUAUUAGAAAAUGGAGUCUGCAUAGCCAAAAAGAAAACUAAGGUAGCAAGAAAAACGCUGGAACCACUUUAUCAGCAACUUCUAUCAUUUGAAGAAAGUCCCCAGGGGAAAGUUUUACAGAUAAUUGUUUGGGGAGACUAUGGACGUAUGGAUCACAAAUCCUUUAUGGGAGUGGCACAGAUACUUUUAGAUGAACUGGACCUGUCCAACAUGGUGAUUGGGUGGUUCAAACUUUUCCCUCCUUCUUCCCUAGUAGACCCAACCUUAGCUCCUCUCACUAGAAGAGCUUCCCAAUCAUCUCUUGAAAGUUCAACAGGACCUUCGUAUGCUCGCUCAUAGCAGCUGUGAAACUGUUGUCAUAGCAACCAGCGUUACAAAAAAAUAAAAUUACAGGUCGCAAACCCUGGUAACACUGCAUGCUUAAUGUUGUGUCUUCUGAGCCUGUUUCUAGGGCUGCAACGCGAUCCUGUGUUCUCAAGGAAGUUGCACACAUUGUGCCCUACGGAAGGCCCUCAGGUGAUGGACUGAAAUCAUGAAGAACUGAUAGGUUUGGAGUUCAGGGACUCAGUUUUGGUCCAAUCUGAAGCCAUGGACUAAACUAAAAAAACCAAUCUGUUUCAUGCAACAAAAGUCCUUUUCAAUGGCAUAUCUGUUUUGUUGCUCCUGUUUCUUUGUUUAUCUGCCCUCCCCUCCUAAAGUUUGGUUAUGCCACAGAAACGGAGUUACCCUCCCAUGAAGCCACGUUACAAGUCAGUUAGCAGACACUGGAAGAAAGGAAGAAUCUAAGGAUGCUGGAAAAGUCAACUGGCACUUGCAGCAGUUGCUUGAGAUCUGAAAACUCUUCAUAUUGAAAAGGCUCAAGACCUAAAGUGGCGGGCUUCAUCCCCCCAGCUGUUCACACAGUGAAAUCCCAGACAUGAUGGACUCUCUGAAAAAUAAAGUUCUGUGGAUAUACUGUACUGUAUGAAAUUAAGAAACUUUUUUGCAUGGACACAGAUUUAGCUGAACACUUAAAUUAUUUUCUUGGGGCUGCAACUUGCAAAAAAAAAAAAAAAAAAGAAUAAAUCAGCCAUUUUCAACAGUUUAUAUUAUUUUUAAAAAUAAAUUUCACUAGUGCAUGGUUUUAAAGGGAAGAGAAUGCACCAGGGUGAUACAAAGACACACCACGUUUAUCAUUCUUUAAACCAGUCAUGGUCUGUGUUUUUGCAGACUUAUAUUAAAAAUAAAAAAUAAUUUCUAGCAAAUAUUUAAAAUUCUGUUUAUGUGACAAGAAAUAAGUGUAAUAUAUUAAAUUUAUUUAAAUGUAAAAGGUACAAGCCUUGUAAAGUUCAACAUAAUGUGCAAAUUGUACACUUCUUUUACCUCCUUCUUUCUCUAUCUCUCCUCCCAGUCUCCCUUUUUCCUUUUGCUCUUUUUCCCCUCUACCUCCCAGGAUGAUCAGCAUAUUCUAAAAUGGCUACCUUUUGACUUAUUACUGUCUUAUGCCCCAUAUUUGGUUCAGGGUUGCAGAUUGUUCUGCAUUUCUGAAUUAUUUGAGAAAAAUAUUGUUUAAGAGCUUACUUUUUUUCAAGCAUGUUGAAAAGGAUUUUGCAACAUGGCUUGGGAGUACAUUAAUGUAAUUCAGCAUGUAUUUGAUAAAGAAGAUAUUUGAACUUUUGCAAUUUAUUGUACAGUGCAUGGUAACUUAUUUUCAUUUUUUCUCACCUUCAAAUUGAAUUCUACAGCAAAAUACUGGAAUCAUGUGGCCGUUGUAAGAUGUCUUCAAUAAAUUUGUUUUCAGCACCAGCA